CAAAGGAGGAUCAAAGACCCUGAUGAACACCAUCAUGCAGCUGAAGAAAAUCUGCAACCAUCCCUACAUCUUCCAGCACAUUGAGGAGUCUUUUUCGGAGCACUUGGGCUUUCCAAAUGGCGUCAUCAGUGGGCUGGAACUGUAUCGAGCUUCUGGGAAGUUUGAGCUCCUCGAUCGCAUCCUGCCCAAACUGCUUGCCACCAACCACAGAGUGCUGCUGUUCUGCCAAAUGACCACUCUCAUGACCAUCAUGGAGGACUACUUCAGCUACCGCAACUUCCAGUAUUUACGUCUCGACGGUAAGCUCUCACCUCUACCCAGGCUGACAGAACAUACCCGUAUGAUGGAUUAG